AUGGGUGUCACCUGGAUAUCCUACCGAAAGAAGCAUGAACUCGACGCCAUCCUACUCGAGUUUGGCUUAGAACGCGCCGGUACGGUUGAAGAGCAGCGGGCGCGACUCAUUGCUUUCGCGAGACAACCCGAGCUCCCCGACGCAGUUCAAGUUCGACUCGACGAGAUGGAGCUACGCUACGGAAACUCCCCGACGGGAGACGUAAAGCCGAAGUCACCAUUGCCGCCAGCCCCGGAUGCAUUUGCCGGAACCUUCGCGCCACCCGUUCAGGCCACGCAUCAUACUUUAGCCGUACCUCGCAGUACGUCGCCAGCACCAGUAUCACGCGGGAAAUCCGAGGGAUCUCCACGCAGUGGUACCUCUCACUUCGACAUGAACCCCAGCUCCAUGCUGGUGGACAAGAUGACCAAGUGGGGGCUGUCCUUCGAUGGCACCUCGGACCCGCUCAGCUUCGUGGAACUUAUCGAGGAACGGGCAGACACGUACCGGAUCGAUAGGAAGUAUUUAUCCAACGCCAUCGUCGUACUUCUAUCCGGCAGAGCGGAGAGCUGGUUUCGUACCAGUGGCCUGCAGGGAGGAACCUGGGCACAAGUGCGCCGAGAGUUCCUGGAUUUCUUUCUACCGCCUAGGUACUAUCAACGCCUUGACGACGAAAUCCGAGCCCACUAUCAGAAGCCGAACGAGCCGUUUAAACAAUACCUCGUCGAUCUUCGCCUAAAGAUGCGCCGCGCAGGGUUCUCACCCGAGCAAGAGCUUGAACGGAUAUACGAGAACAUGCUGCCCGAAUACCAGAUGUUUACACGCCGCCAGGACUUUAGGACCUUGACCGAGCUCACCCACCUGGUGGUGAACUUCGAAGUCGCCAGGAGCCGAGGAGAGCGAACCACUCGGGGAUACCCACCGAACCGAUGGGACGCAGAGGGCCUAUUCGGUACCCAGGCUCAGCAAACCCGAGGGAAUCCGCCCGACGCACGUACCACGCCACCGAUGCCACGUCCUCAGAAUGCCUCCAACGACGCUGCCACACGAACCCGAACGGGAAGCCAGGGCCAGGAAGGCCGAGCGACAGGGGAACCAAUCGAUGAUUAUCUUCUGCUGGGACUGCGGCCGACCAGGUAUCAGCACCAUCGACUGCUGUCGGAACCAAGCGCCGGGAAACGGGCAAGGGCCUCGAGUAUCCGGGAGUCACUCGAGGAACCCACCGACCUCCCCGAGCCAGUAAACAACGCCAUCAUACAAGACCACAGCCGUAUUCGCGCCCAAGUCACCAUGGAGGGACGCCCUUUCACCGCGACGUUGGAUACGGGAGCCUCCCACAGCUUCAUAAGCAGGCGCCUGGCACAAGAGCUGGACGACGGGAGGAACCAUCGCGCAGUACGGACACAAGUAAAAUUAGCCGACGGAACCAACAGGGAGCUCACGCAUGCUCUACGAACCACGAUCCAGCUGGGAGAGACCCGCGUCCGCAUCUCUGUCCUUAUCAUGGCAGAUGUGCUGGAUGGCCUCCUACUCGGCAUGGACUUUCUAUGCUACAGCGGGGCUACACUACAGUGCGGCGGCCAAACCCUCAAGCUCCAGCCACCCAUUCAACCCAGAGCCACGGAGACCAGCGCAGCAGACUCGGCACCCAGCGAGUGCGCAACCACAUUACCACGGAGUAACAACAUGGAUGCACACCCCACAGACACCGUCGCCAGCGCACACGCAACCCCGAGCCCGCAACCCACAGACGCAGAGGAAACCGCAGGAGCCACCGCCAGGGUGCACCCGGAGCCGCAGCCCACAUCGCCACCCGGGCUACCGCCAGACACACAGCAGGAAGACCCUCCACAAGAACGCCACGCCCAGAGACAUCGCAUGGCUGCACCCACACACGCUCGCCCAGAGGGUACCCAACGCCACGCCCACGCAGACGCAGGCACAGCUCCAAGCUGGGCAGGAAUCCUGCCCCACCCCGACACAUCUGCUGUCCGCCGGAACCCCUUUCGCCAAACGGGCAAGAGAGUUCGGUUCCGGACACCAGAAUCAUCCACGAGCGAGAGCACACCAUCUUGCGGAAUGGCCAACGCCAGAUGCGGCACUGAGGAGGAACAACGCCCCAGCGGCCAGGACGGGAACUACCCAGAGCCCUGGGUGGAAAAGUUCCUAGAACGAGAACUAGCACGAUUCGAUACCCUUGCCGGCGUCUCUCACAUCGCCGAGCAUAGUAUCGUGAUGCGCAACGACCGCCCCAUUAAACAACGAUACCAUCCCAGGAACCCUGCGAUGAGAGCCGUCAUCGACCGCCAGAUUAACGAGCUGCUACGCGACGGACGCAUCGAGCCCUCCAGGAGCCCUCACAGUGCUCCGAUAGUCAUCGCCGCGAAGAAGAAUGGAGACGUCAGGAUGUGUGUAGACUACAGGCAACUGAACGAGAACUCCAUACCGGACGCCUACCCUUUGCCGAGGAUCCAUCAUAUAUUGGAGCGGCUUCGGAACGCCCGAUAUAUCUCCACGUUGGACCUGAAGAACGGGUACUGGCAGAUCCCAGUAGCCCCAGCCAGCCGUGAGUGUACCGCAUUCACUGUUCCAGGUCGCGGCUUGUUUCACUGGAAAGUGAUGCCUUUUGGUCUGCACUCGGCCCCGGCAACUUUUCAACGAGCCCUGGAUACCGUCAUUGGCCCGGAUAUGGAGCCACACGCCUUCGCAUAUCUUGAUGAUAUCAUCGUGAUCGGAGCUACACUCAAGGAGCACGUCAGGAAUCUACGCGAGGUGUUCCGCCGACUCAGAGCGGCAAAUCUACGGCUGAACCGGGACAAGUGCCAGUUUUUCCAGCGCAGCCUAACAUAUUUGGGCCACGUCAUCAGCGAGGCCGGAAUACAAACCGAUCCAGAGAAGGUCGCCGCCAUACGGGAGCUGCCGCCGCCAACGAAUCUCAAGGAACUUCGCCGAUGCCUUGGGAUAGCUUCAUGGUACCGUCGCUUCGUGCCCAACUUCGCGGACGUAGUCGAACCGAUGACAUCUCUACUUAAGAAAGAUCGGAAGUGGCAGUGGGCUGAGAAGCAAGAACAGGCCUUCACCCUGCUGAAGAAGCUCCUAACCGAGGCUCCAAUCUUAGCCUGCCCGGACUUCGAGGCGAAGUUCGUACUACAAACCGACGCGAGCGAGUAUGGUAUUGGAGCGGUGCUGACCCAGACCAUAGACGAACAGGAACGAGUCGUCGCAUACGCCAGCCGGCGUCUAAACAACGCAGAACGCAACUACUCCGUGACGGAGAAAGAAUGUCUCGCGAUCGUGUGGGGCAUCCGAAAAAUGCGUUGCUACAUCGAGGGAUACCGCUUCGAGGUACUAACUGACCACCAUUCACUCAAGUGGUUAAAUUCCAUCGACAACCCCACGGGCAGGAUCGCUCGGUGGGCGCUGGAGCUACAACAGUUCCAGUAUGAUAUCAGCUACCGACGCGGGAACCAGAAUCUGGUCGCCGACGCAUUGUCACGCCAGCCACUAGCUACAGUCCAACAGGCGCAGGUGCAGAGCAACGAAUGUAAAUGGAUCCAUAAGCUGCUACGACGAAUUCAACAGGAGCCAGCGAAAUUUCCAGAUUUUCGGGAGGAGAACGGUCAGCUGUUCCGACGCAUAGGCCUACGCCCCGAGGAAGAAGAUUACACGCCGUGGAAACUCUGCGUGGGCGCCCCAUACCGACGAAGGGUACUGGAGGAGUGCCACGACCAUCCAACGGCUGGACAUCUGGGCAUCCGCAAAACCAGUACGCGGGUGGCCCAGAAAUAUUACUGGCCAGGCCUGUUCCGAGAGGUGGCCCAGUAUGUACGACGAUGCUCGAGCUGCCAGAAGUUUAAAGUGAGUCAGGAAAAGCCGGCCGGAAAGAUGUUUACACGGCAAGUCAACGAGCCUUUUCACGUGCUGUGCGCCGACUUCGUGGGACCUCUACCACGAUCCAAGCAAGGGAACACAGUGCUCCUCGUUUUCUUUGAUAUUUUCAGUAAAUGGGUGGAACUCGUCCCCUUACGCCGCGCAACGGUGCCGUACCUCGAGCGAGCAUUUCGGGAGCGGAUACUCAGCCGGUUUGGGUUCCCAAGGACUCUUGUUUGCGAUAAUGGAACGCAAUUCACCAGCCGGGCCUUUCAAGCUUUUUGCAAUUCCCUGGGAAUGGAAUUACAACAUACCGCGCCUUACACGCCGCGGCAAAACCCCACGGAGAGGGCAAAUCGGACCGUGAAGACUAUGAUCGCACAAUACCUUGGAGAUUCGCCGCAGAGUGCCUGGGACCACCUUCUGCCUGAGAUCUCUCUGGCAAUUAACAGCAGCGUAUCGGACACUACGGGAUUCAGCCCCGCCUUCCUUGUACAGGGCCGGGAACCACGCCUGCCGAACACCCUUUACGACGAAGUCACUCCAGGAAGAGGAACGGCUCAACUUUCGCCAACGGAGAGGAGUACGCAGCUCCACAGCAUCUUCCAGGUCGCCCGGGAAAACGCAGAACGAGCCACAGCAGAGCAAGGAAGGCACUAUAACCUGCGCCGACGCGAGUGGAGACCACCACUCGGAUCCCUAGUCCUCGUGCGCCGCCACGUUUUGUCAAACGCCGCCGAAGGCUUUGCCGCCAAGUUGGCAUCCAAAUACGAGGGCCCAUACCGGGUCAUCAAGUUCCCCUCUCCAAAUAUAGCACGGCUACAGAUGCCGGGGAGCCGCCGCCGACGCACCGCCUGCAUUCAGAACCUGAAGCCAUAUCACCAAGACAGCGACAACGACGACGACGAAAACGGCCAGAGCAACGACCCAGCACAGACAGAUGGACGCACCAGGCAAGAUGAUGACCACGACGACGACGCCAGGGCCAAAGAGGACCAGGGUAUCGUGGGGGCCACUUGCUGAUGAGUGCGCUCGUCCAACGUCCCCACCCCCGCAAGGGGAAAACAUAUCCUGGCCGCUCUCCUUCAAAUCAUCCACGCUCAAGACACCAUGACCACAGGAGAAUAGCCAGGAAUCCACGGGGAAUCGCCAGUUCCAGGGGAGGAAACUAAUCCUUAUUUUUCUACUCUCCACAGCCAUCCAGAGUCCAUCUACAGAGUUGCCAGAUCGUCGGAAAGAGUUAGCCGCCGGACGAUAACCACGCCACACGACCUAUCGAUUAUUCGAUACCGCCCUCGCCGUCCGUUGGCUAUAAAUGGUAGCGCGUGAGCUUUCAAGCGCACAAACGAUUUCAGGAUGCCACGCAAGGAGCAACGCAACCGCCAGCAGCCGAAGCCGCGAUCGCGUCCAGCCCAGCCUGCGCCAACGGCCCCGUCGAACCGCGACCACCCCGAGUCGCCACCACCACUGACGCCCAUCCAACGGCGACCUCACACAGCGAUGGACGCCCAGGGCGCACCACCGCCGCCGGCAGCCA